AUGCCCUUUUCUUUGGAACGGCUGAGCCUGACGUUGCUGCUGGCUGUGGUGGCUCGGCCCGGGCUGGCAGGGUCAGUUAGCACUUGCGAUGCCAACGGGAGCCUGUACUUCGUGGGUGAAUGGUAUUCCCUGGAUAGUGACAACUGCAUCCAGUGUGAGUGCACGGCGGAAGGACCAGCAUGUGCCCGCAGCGACUGCGCCGCUCUGCCGCCUGCCUGCAUUCACGUCAGUCACUACCCGGGCGACUGCUGUCCGCGCUGCGAACGCGUCGGCUGCGAGCACCGAGGGCAGGUUUAUGAACUGGGGCAGCAUUUCCAGCCUUCCGAAUGUGAGCAGUGUACCUGUGACUUGGAUGGAAUUGCCCGCUGCCUAGUAGCAGACUGUGCCCCCCCACCAUGUGUCAAUCCCAUCUAUGAAAAAGGCCAUUGUUGCCCUACCUGCAAGGAAGGGCCAAACUGCUAUGUAGAUGGGAGCCAGCACAUUAUUCCUGCUGGAGAUAGCGUCUGGGUAGGUCCCUGCACUCGCUGCCGCUGUCAUGAUGGCCAAGAAGCUGGCUACUGGGAAGGAAACCGCUUAGCCAAAUGUGAGCGGCUGGCAGGAUGCCAAGCUUCAGCUGGACACCAUUUCUGACUCCCUUUAAACAUUAAGUGGUUCCUUAACCACAUCUUACAAUCUCUUUAAGGGCUAGGUUACAAAGAAACCCCACAGGAUACCCCUCAGCCAGCU